ACCAAAUUUGUUGUAGAUGCAUUUUCAUAUGGCAAAAUCUCUGGUUGUCUAGGUUACUUUCUUACUCAUUUCCACAGUGAUCACUAUCAUGGAUUGAAUGAAGGAUGGUGUCAUGGUCCUAUCUACUGCUCCCAAAUCACGGCCAAUCUUGUAGCUCAACAACUGAAGGUACGAGAUAUAUAUCUACAUGUACUUCCAAUGAAUGAACCUACAUUUGUGUCUUCCAAUAUCAAGGUGACUUUGAUAGACGCCAAUCAUUGUCCAGGUUCCGUUCUUUUUAUAUUCGACAUUCAACGAAAACUAGAAGAAGCUGAUGUUGAUAACAAUAUCUGGGUUCGUCAUUUACAUACUGGUGAUUUUCGAGCAAAUCCACAAAUGUGUCUCCAUCCUUUACUUCGACAACCUGAAAAUCCACCGAUUGAUCACCUCUAUCUGGACACUACCUAUUUGAAUGCGAAAUAUGGCUUUCCUGCUCAAGAAGAAUGUAUACAAGCUGCUUGCAAAGUGAUUGAAGGGUAUAUGGCAACAACAAAUAACAAUCAACAAGUAACCAAACCCUCGGCUUUCGAUGAAAUGAUGUCCAAGGCAAAAGUACAAAGAAGAAUUCAAGGCUUGUUAGUAGUUGUAGGCUCUUACUCUAUUGGCAAGGAAAAAGUUUUUUACAGUAUUGCCAAGUUACUUGGUAGUAAAAUCUUUGUUACUUCAAAAAAAUGGGCAAUAUUAAUGUGUCAAGAAAAUAAAGAACUGGCCAAUUUAUUAACAUUGGAUCAAAUGGAAGCUCAAGUUCAUGUAUUACCUUUGGGAGAUAUCAAAGCAGAGAAUAUGCAUGCUUAUUUGAAAAGUUUAUCGCCUCGAUUCACUAAUAUUGUUGCUUUUAAGCCUACUGGUUGGACUUUUCAAGCGAGCAAGGCCCAAGAAACAGAUAUGGAAAUUGGAAGUCUAUCUCAAGUAACGAAAGCACCGAUGGACCGGGAUUUGACAUUGACGCCACGACAUUCGUCGCCCAGCAUCAAGAUUUACGGCGUACCGUAUUCUGAACAUUCAAGUUUUCGAGAAUUGGCUUCUUUUAUUGCAAGUUUGGAUAUUAAGCAUGUGAUACCCACAGUGAAUAAUGAAUCUGAAAACGCAAGGAAACGAAUGAUGAUGUAUUUGGAUAAAUGGCAAAACGAAAAACAAGGCAAGACUAUUGAAAUUGUUCCUUAUCCUGCGGUGACUCAUUGGUAG